CAGUGCCCGGAUAAUUCGUUGCUUGAUCAUGCCCUACGUUCUUAUCUCUACUCAAAUUAGACUUACUUCUGGCCCCACUUGCUGUGGUGACAAAGAUGCUGAUCCUAAACUGAUGGCUAGACUUGACGCGAAGUUGGUGAAAGAGUUCGGAAAUUCAUUUGAAGAAUACAGAUGUGAUGAUCCUCCUCGCUUGGUGCUGAACAAAUUGGAGAAGGAAGGUUAUCGCAUUGUCAGCUCGGCUGGUAUAGGGCAGACAAUUGUGUGGACUCUAUACAAACCAGAUGAUUGAUCAUUCACACUGUGUGACAGCAUAGAAAAUGUAUCUACAGACUGAUUUAUGUGUACAGCAAAUAUAUUAUAUCAUAUCGUUA